ACAGCUCGCUGCAACAAACCACAGUAGUGCAAAACGAAUUAUUACCAGACUUUAUCAUAAAAAACGUUGAAAUACACAACCGUCUCGGGACUAAUGCCUCGCUCAUACUCGCGAUCGCCUUCCCGGUCCCGUAAAUCGCAUCGAAGUAAUAAGCAUGGCAAAAAGCAACGCUCCCGGUCACGGGAAUAUGAAUAUCGUCGAAAGGACAGCGACAGAAGCCGGCGCGUGGACCGAUCGAAAUCUCGCUCGGUAACAUCAUCAUCGUCGUACCGUCAGGAGAAAAAAGCAUCCUAUCGAAGCCGAUCCAAGGAUGAUCGACGCUACAAGGGUUCGUCUAGCAAAAAGUCCACAUCUCGCGAUCGAUACCGAGGACGCACGUCACGCGACCGGGAGCGCUACCGUCGCUCAUCCAGCAGCUCCAGCUCAUCGACGUCCAGUAGCUCCAGCAGCUGUUCGCAUGCGAGUAGCACCAGUUCACGAUCGUCCAAGAAUUCGAGAAAAUCUUCACCACCUAGGAAAUCUCUGGAGAAAGAGUACGUUUUCAAAUCCAUGAACGCAGACCCCAACCUCGUUGAUCAUUCGGAAACGGCUGCGAAAUUGGAAAAUUUGGAUGCCGACGAAUUCGUUCCUCAAGCGUUCGUGUCCACCAGGAAACCGGUCACCAACAUCGUUAUCGAUCUUGCAUCUCAAACCAUCAAAGUGCCCGCAACGGAACAACCGAAGGUUCUGGAGGAAGAUUCUCUCUUUCAUCCCUCAUUCUUUCCAGGCGAUGACGACGAGCGAAUGGCACGAUGGAUCAAGAAAUUGCACAGCUUACGCCAAACCUUACUCUGAAUUACGCGAGACUGAGCGGGUACAGCUUAAUAAACGUAAUUUAUUGACUAACGACAAGGACGCUGGUUGUUUCAAAAUAUAUCCGAGCCAGUUUUCCGGGCCUUCGCCCAGGCCUCGUCCUUUGAAAGGGCUUCGUCCGCCGAUGGUUCGACCGGG